AGCGAUUAGUGAAGAAAACAUAGUCGUUCUCUCUUCUUCCUUGUUUCUUUUUCGAUUGUGCAAAGAAUGGUUGAUCGAAAUAGGGCCUACUUGAACUUGAUUUUUCGGAACUGUAUUACAUUUUAAUCAUUGUAUUUAGAAGUAAUCGAAUCAAAUGAACGUUUCAUUGUGUUGUGCUUGAAAAAGUGAAAUGUGCUAGAUGACAGCGUGAAAACGGGUGAUACAUAUUACAAGCACAGUAAUCAACUGGCCCAUCAGACGAUAGCAUCGUAAUAAAAUAAAAUAAAUAAAAUUAUGUUAUUGUAAAUAUCUAAAUACCUAACUAACAUAAUUCUACUGUGAUCUCUUAUGUGUGAUUAGAGUAAUAUUUUUUUUAUACACACACAUGUAUCGUGUUUGAUUUUAGUGCAAUUUGUUUUUUGUUCGUAUUCGUUUGUAUUUAUGAGAGGACGUGGGUAGGUCUACGAUGAGUUCGGUCAGUAGCACGACGAGUGUGAAGCCGCAGAUGCCUCUCAGGCAGAAGGACUUUGAUCAGAUAUGGGGCGACUUGCAAGAAGGCAUCGAGCAAGUAUACAAGAGGCAGUAUAUGGUCAAGAAGAGAUACAUACAUUUGUAUACUCACGUAUACAACUACUGUACGUCGGUGAACCACCAGAGUUCGAGCACUGCUGCCGGCAGGAAUAGCGGCACCAAUGGCGGAAGGAACAGCUAUGCGAGCAAGAAACAGAGCGGGCAGGCGCAAGGCGGCGGCGCCCAGCUGGUUGGCUUGGAGCUGUACAAACGUCUCCGGGAGUUCCUGAGGAUCUAUCUCAUCAACCUGCUCCAGAACGGCGCCGACCUUAUGGGCGAAGAUGUCUUGGCGUUCUACACUAAGCAGUGGGAAGAGUACCAGUUCUCGUCGCGGGUGCUCAACGGAGUGUGCGCUUACCUCAACCGGCACUGGGUGAAGCGCGAGUGCGAGGAAGGAAGGAAGGGCAUCUACGAGAUCUACCAGCUGGCGCUGGUGACCUGGCGCGACAACCUGUUCCAGCGGCUGAACAAGCAGGUCACCAACGCGGUGCUCAAGCUGAUCGAGCGCGAACGCAGCGGGGAGACCAUCAACACGCGCCUGGUCUCCGGGGUAAUCGACUGCUACGUAGCCCUUGGUCUGAAUGAAGAAGACCCGAGCGCCCGCGGCCAAAACCUCGCGGUGUACAAGGAGACAUUCGAAGCCGUCUUCCUCGAGGACACGGAGCGGUUCUAUACGAGGGAGAGCACCGACUUCCUGCGAAACAACCCCGUGACUGAGUACAUGAUCAAGGCCGAGCAACGCCUGCAAGAAGAGCAGCGGCGCGUGCAGGUGUAUCUUCACGAGACGACGAUGGAGCGGCUGGCCAAGACCUGCGACCGGGUGCUCAUCGAGAAGCACCUGGAGAUCUUCCACGCCGAGUUCCAGAAACUCCUAGACGGUGACAAGAACGACGACCUAGGCCGCAUGUACAGCCUGGUCGCUCGCAUCCCCGACGGGCUGUGUGAGCUGAGGCGUCUACUGGAGCAGCACAUCCACGCGCAGGGGCUGCAGGCCGUCGACAAGUGCGGCGAGAGCGCGCACACGGAUCCCAAAGUGUACGUCUCGACCAUCCUGGAGGUGCACAAGAAAUACAACGCGCUCGUACUGGUGGCGUUCAACAACGAUUCCGGUUUCGUCGCCGCGUUGGAUAAGGCUUGUGGAAGGUUCAUUAACAGCAACGCCGUGACAAAGGCCGCCAACUCGUCAUCCAAGAGUCCUGAACUGCUAGCCAAGUACUGCGACCUGCUUCUCAAGAAGUCCAGCAAGAAUCCUGAGGAAGCCGAACUGGAAGACACGCUCAACCAAGUUAUGGUGGUUUUCAAGUACAUCGAGGACAAAGAUGUAUUCCAGAAGUUCUACAGCAAGAUGCUUGCCAAGCGACUCGUACAGCACAUGUCUGCCAGUGACGAUGCAGAGGCUUCAAUGAUCUCAAAGUUAAAACAAGCGUGCGGCUUCGAAUACACCAGCAAGCUGCAGAGAAUGUUCCAGGACAUCGGAGUAUCCAAAGACCUGAACGAAAACUUCCGCAAGCACAUGGCGGACAGUUCCGAGCAGCCACUGCAUAUAGACUUCAGCAUCCAAGUGCUGUCGUCUGGAUCCUGGCCCUUCCAGCAGUCGUCAUCCUUCCAACUUCCCACCGAGUUGGAGCGCUCCGUGCACCGCUUCACGGCGUUCUACUCGGCGCAGCACUCCGGUCGCAAGCUCAACUGGCUCUACAAUAUGAGCAAAGGCGAGCUCGUCACCAACUGCUUCAAAAACAGAUACACGCUGCAAGCGAGCACCUUCCAAAUGGCGGUGCUGCUUCAGUACAACGAGAACACGGCCUGGACCGUGCGGCAGCUGGAGCACCACACCGGCAUCAAGGGAGACUUCCUUCUGCAGGUCCUGCAAAUCCUGCUGAAGGCCAAGUUGUUGGUGUGCCAAGACGACGAGUCCGAACUCACCGAAUCAUCCGUGGUUGAGCUCUACGUAGGAUAUAAAAACAAAAAGCUGCGCGUGAACAUCAACAUCCCGCUCAAGACGGAGCUAAAGGUGGAGCAGGAGGCCACGCACAAGCACAUCGAGGAGGACCGCAAGAUGCUCAUACAGGCAGCUAUAGUGAGGAUAAUGAAGACGCGGAAGACUCUGAAGCACCAGCACCUCGUCGUGGAGGUUCUCAACCAGCUCUCCUCGCGGUUCAAGCCGCGCGUGCCCGUCAUCAAGAAAUGCAUCGACAUCCUGAUUGAAAAGGAGUAUCUGGAGCGCACCGAGGGUGAAAAGGACACCUACAGCUAUUUAGCGUGAUCACAACCGACACUAUAACAUAACAAUAUUACAAUACUGUAAUGGAUUA